UUGCAAGCAUGGCAGAGGGAAAAGGGUGACCAAAAUUGAGAACAAGAGGCUAAACGAAGAAAUAGAUAGUGAAUUGUAUUAUUGUUUAGUGUGAAAAGUUUUAUUCUCAUAUGGUAUACUUGAGGCAUAUGUAAUUAAGGCUCACAUAUGCAAUGGACUACGACGAUCCAUAUGAGAGUCUACCAAGUACUUCAACCACGACAACGCAUAUGUUAGCUGGAUCGGCAGCUGGUGUCUUGGAGCACAGUGUUAUGUACCCUGUUGACUGUGUCAAGACACGUAUGCAAUCAUUGGUGCCAGAUCCAAAGGCUGACUAUCGCAGUGUAGUGGAUGCAUUUAACACCAUUAUUCGCCAUGAGGGGUUACUAAGAACAAUGAAAGGAGCUCCUAUAGUUGUGAUAGGGGCAGGACCAGCACAUGCAUUCUACUUUGCAUGUUAUGAAUAUCUUAAAAAAACUCUUAGUGGGGGUCAGAAGGGCAACCAUAUUGUUCAUGGUGUAGCUGGAUCAGUGGCGACAUUGCUUCACGAUUCUGUGAUGGUUCCUGUUGAUGUGGUAAAGCAAAGAAUGCAGGUAUUCAACAGUCCUUAUGCAAGCUGCAGAACUUGUGCUAAAGCCAUUCUUAAACAGGAAGGCAUCCUUGCAUUUUAUAGAAGCUACACCACACAACUGACAAUGAACAUCCCUUUCCAAAGUGUGCACUUUAUGACUUAUGAAUUCAUGCAAGAUCUACUAAACCAUGAGAGAACUUAUAGUCCAGUGACUCAUAUGCUUUCUGGUGCUGCUGCAGGCGCAGUGGCAGCCUCAGUGACUAUGCCACUUGAUGUAUGCAAAACCCUCCUCAAUACACAGGAGAGCUGCACAAGGACUCAUGCAUCUUAUAUCACUGGCAUGAUAUCUGCUUUUAGGACAGUUUAUGAGUUUCAGGGCCUGACUGGGUUUUAUAGAGGACUGACUGCUCGAGUGAUAUUUCAGAUGCCCGCCACUGCCAUCUCGUGGUCUGUGUAUGAAGGGUUUAAGUAUAUCAUCACCAAAAAGCAAGCUGUAGAAGACACUCUGCCAAAAACCCUUUCUAUCCGAGCUGCUUCAGCAUCCUCUCAUCCGGACUAAAUCAAAAUUAAAAGUUUUCUCAUUUAGGUUUUAAAAAAAGUUCAAAAAUGAAAAAAAAAAUCUAUGAAAUGCCCAAGUAAUAUUUAUUUACACAUGUACCAUGAUGCUUACAAAAAGAGCUUAAAUUGCUUAACAUACCUAGAGCUACAAAGAAAUUUAUGAAUUGUUGCAUGCAGAUAUGUUUUAAAUGUCAUAUAUUUCACCUAAUUUGUCAGUAUUUUUAAAGUUUUGACUCCAAAGUAUUCUAAAUUUUCUAAAGUCAGUAAAUUUUUCAGUACAAAAGAUUUAAGUAUAGAGUAAGGUGAACGAAGCUUGUGAUCAAGUACCCUUUUGAUGUGUCAACCCAUGAAUUUACCAAAAUAUUUAGAUCACUGGUACCUGUCAUCUAUCUCUUUCGAUCGAUGCUAUCAAACAGAAAAUACUUGGAGUGUUUUUGUGUCCAGCUUUCUAGAAAAUCAUCAGCAAUAUUUCAAGUGUAUUUUGAAAGAAGAUUUUUUUAAUUGUGUGCACUGCAGAAGAGCUAGGAUUUAAAUUUUCCUGAUCAUGGAAGAAAGGAGAAGAAAAAAAAAAGAAUUAUACAGAAUCAAAAAGGAAAAAAAAUUCCAAUUCCAGGAAAUGUUUAAGCUCAACUGGAAAAAAAGCUUUAUCUGAAUUAAAGGAAAAUAAAAGAAGAGGAUAUAGAAAAAAAGGAACUUCAGGAAUAAGAUUUCUAAAAUUCAAAAAAGGAAGAUUGGAAGAAAAAUUUUGAAGGAAGAUAUGCUAUUGCAAAAUUUCAGUUUGCAUAUGUGAAAAAUGUGAAUAUAUUAUUGUGUUGUCAUUGGAAAAACCUCUGCAAUGCACAUUUUGUGAAUUUCCUCUGGGUCAUGGUAUGUCAGCGCGAUGGACAGCUACAUAACGAGAUCUCAGUUUUUAUUUUUUUUUUUAGAAGCAUUUACAUAUGUGGGCCACAUAUAUAGAAAAUAAGUUGCUUGCAUGCAUCCAUGUGUGUGACAUUACUCAGUUAUGUUUUUUUUAAGAUACUGAUGCAUGAUUAGUGCAUCAAAUUAAUUAUAAUUAAUUACAUGUAUUUGAUUAUAUAGAUAUACAUGAUAUAAGAAUGAAUUUGUUCAGGUGUAAAGGAUAUGCAGAUGAAUCACAAUGUGAUGAUUUUUAUGCACACAUCACUGUAUUUAGUCAUUGGCUUUGUUUAACCAAAGGAUUCAGUUCAGGGAGUUUACAUAUCAGGAUAUGUAAUAUAUAAAACUAUGUGCUGGUAUAUUAAAAAAAACACCACCAAGUAAUGUCCAAGUGUCUUUAAUAGUAUACAUAUAUAACAUUUUUUUUUUAAAUGAAUUUAAUGAAAAUAUUGAUAAAAUAUUAACAGGUUUGUAAUCUCCUUGAUUAUAACUAAAACAAUUUAGAUAUCAAUAUAGCUAAAUCAGGAGUGAGUUUAUAUUCAGUAUUUGUAAUGUUGAUAAA